CAAUUCUAUACCCAAUUGAAAUACAUAUACGAAAAUGCCAAUUCCAUCUGAUAUAACCGACGAGCUCGACCGGCGCAUGCUCACCAAAAACGCCAUCGCCAACGCGUCCAAAGAACGUCUGCAAGCUCUUCUUGACGAACUCCUCUAUAUCGACCCUUUUGCUAGUGAAUUCAUGGCAGACAAGCUUCUUGUGACUGAAGAUAAAAUUCCUGCAAAGCGGGCUUCAGAGAGUGAUGAAGAUGAAAAUGACAGCGAGAGCGAGGAUGAGGAUGAGGAACGCGUCAAACAACCCGCAGAAGUAACCGGAUCAAAGAGAUUAAGAAGUCGAUAUGAAUACUGCCAGAACUGCCAUGUGGAAUUCGAUACUACAACUAAUACCAAGACCAGCUGCUGUUAUCAUUCUGAUACAGCAUACCCAGACGAAGACUCAUUUGAAGACCAUGAUGAGGACUGCCAUGGUCCAAUGGAAGACUUCUUUGACGAUUUCCCAGAGAAAUUCAUAUACGAAUGCUGUGGGAAGCGUGGUGAUCAAGCAGGCUGCGUGAUUAACUGGCAUCUUGAGGGGGGAGCACCGAAGAAAAUGAGACCGGUUUAAACAGCUUGACUGUUGAUUUACAUUCUUGUAUAUUAUUUUCUUGCUAUAAGUUGAGGUUCCAGUAUAAGAGGUAUCCUUAUCUGCAUAAAUCUGACUAAAUAUGUGCAUCACGACA